AUGUGUCCACACCGGCAGACACAUUCAAGAAAGACAACAACACACACGGGAAAUGCACAGCCAACGCAGAGGCGCAGGCUACUUCAUUGGUGUGUAUCGAGUCAGCGCUGCAAUCUGCGAGUUAUGCCCGAUCGUGAGUUGCUGCGGCCAUGUAGCGAGGCGCACGGAGAGGGCGGCGUCAACGUCAACGCCUGGUUCCAGCCCACCAGCCAGGCAAACACAAUCCACAUGGCGGGGAUGCUUCUCACUUCCUCAUCGACUCGACCUGGUAGCCCACUAGCCCUCUUCACGGGAUGUUUCUGCCAGUCGGAGGGCCUGGGCUGUUGCACCAGCUAUCUUGGUCCUGGACUCCUGCACGUGUCUACCCUUGCCACGGGGCUCGGUGUUGCCAGGGCAUCCGUUGCAAACCUUUCUCAAUCUCAAAUAUCUCGAGCUAGGCUAUCAGAGGGACAAUACAACUAUCCAACAGGAACAGAGCGCCAUCUAGUGGUUCCAAUACCGUCUAGUAGUCGACCAGCCUGUGAUGGACGAAUCGAAUCUCGUUGA